AUGGAGUUUACAGGUGGUAGUUACAAUGGAACCUACAAGUAUGGCAGAAUGGACGGAACAGGGGAGUAUACAUUUUCCACUGGGACCAGAUAUGUUGGGGAGUUGAAGGAUGGCUCAUUCCAUGGGAAAGGUGUGCUGUAUUUUCCCAAUGGAGGCAAAUAUGAGGGAACUUGGGAGAAAGGAAUAUCAAAACAAGGAAAGUACACUUUUUCUGAUGGGUUGGAGUAUCAGGAGGAAGACUGGGAUUUCUGUGAUGGCUUUGACAGGCGUUUUUACACUGAGAGGUGCAAUGGACUAAAGCCUGCAGGCGAGUCUCAGUUGACUGACCUGUUUCCUCCGCGAGUCACACCUGAAGGUUGCUAUGACUGUGGUGAUGGCUUUUAUGAUCCUAAAACCAGGAUUAUCAAAGACUAUGAAGGCAGGUUCCUGAGAAAUGCAGAUGCUCAGGAACAUGAUCGGAUAGUGCGCACAUGUCAAAAGGGCUGA